AUGCGGAUCGCGUGCCUUCAGUUUGCGCCACAGGUUGCCGAUGUGGAAAACAACCUCAACAAGGCGGACGCGGUUCUCAGCGAGGCGGAAUCCGACGACCUGGACCUGGAUCUCUUGGUGCUCCCGGAGCUGGCCUUUACCGGCUACAACUUCAAGUCCCUAGGUCACAUUUCUCCCUAUCUCGAGGAAGCCAGCACAGGCAUCAGCUCGCUCUGGGCUCGGAACACGGCCCUCAAGCACGACUGCACUGUCGUCGUGGGAUACCCCGAAAAGGUAGAUCCGACGCUCAACUGGCCCACGGACCCCGAGUACUACAACUCGGCUAUUGCCGUCAACGGUGACGGCGAGACGGUUGCCAAUUACCGCAAGACUCAUUUGUACUACACCGACGAGACUUGGGCGCUGGAGGGCUCUCAUGGCUUCUUCGGAGGUCGGCUUCCCGGCUUGGGUCAGACGGCCAUGGGGAUCUGCAUGGAUUUGAACCCUUACAAGUUUGAGGCUCCUUGGAACAAGUUCGAAUUCGGGCAACACGUCCUAGACAGCGGUGCUCGCCUUGUCAUAGUAUCCAUGGCCUGGCUUACGAAUGAGAACCCACAAGAGUUUACCAGCACUCCUCUGGAACCCGACAGCAUGACAUUGCUGUACUGGGUCUCGCGCCUCGAGCCACUGAUCCGGGCAGACUCGAAUCAAGAAGUCAUCGUCGUCUUUGCGAACCGCUGUGGCACCGAGGGCGAGGCAACUUAUGCCGGCACUAGUACCGUGGUUGGCAUAAAGUCUGGCGAAAUCUGGGUGUACGGCAUCAUGGGUCGCGGCGAGACGGGUCUUCUGGUGGUUGAUACUGACUCCGAGCCAUAUGCCAAACUGGCCUAUUCGCCGCUUCAGCCCAAGAUUCGA